AUGCAUUUAUUUAAUCUUUGUGGAACUUGUUUGUCAAAUCAAGUCGAAUUAGAUCAAGUCAGAUCCCAAGUUGAGCGUUCAAGAGAUAUUUAUAGGUUGAGAAUAUACGACAUCAGGAAGAAAUCAUCUCAUCUCAUUAGAGCUUUUGGUACUCGGUACAUCACCUCAAGUCUUUCGUCGUACAACAUCAUCCUCGAUCAACGUCAUACGAAACUCGAGCCCCUCGAAUUUGCUACGUUAUACUAUACACGAACCGUUCAAACAAUCUCAUUGAUAGCCUAUUUUAUCUUCGAUAUCGUUACGACUUACCAAGAUUCUAUCACAAAGACGCGAACAGAUUUAAAACGAAGAUUUCAAGAUGCAAACUCGCAGACGCAGACAGAACAAAAUAUACAAGAGAGAGAUAAUAGGGUAGAAGAAAGUCAAGAAUGGGUAUUAUUUACACCGGUGGCGCCGACUUUUACAGAGGGAACAUAUACGACUAGUACAGGAAGGACUAGAGGGACACGAACAGCGGGUCAUUCGAGGGUUAGUGAUUUUGGAAGUUUAGAAACUGCCGCCAGAAGUUAUGGGAUUUAUGAUGAUCAUGAUGUUGAUGAUGUUGAUGAAGAUGGAGAUGCACAGACAGAAGAAGAUAAUGAUGAUGCGGAAUUGGAUUCAUUGGAUAGUCAUUUACAUGAAUUUAGGACGGAACCAAGUGUUUAUGGGAAUAGGGAAGAUGGGGAAGGGCCAGUGUUGCCAAAACAUGAUGGGCUAGGGAGUUUUAGGGUGGAUGGGAUUGGAGAGGAUGCUCAACAACAUUUAUAUGCAUUUGAAAUGUAUAAUCCUAGGAGGGUGAAGAGGAGGAGGGAAAGUUUGGAGAUUGGGGAUAUGGCUUUGGAGAAUGAGAGAGCGGCAGAAAUGGAGAGAACGAGGAGGAUUGAAUUGUGGAGGAUGGAGCAGAGUAAAGCUUUGGUGGAUGAAAUACAAAGGGAGACGAGAAGAAGGAAGCAAUCUAUGUCGAGUGAAAAGAGGAGUGUUGUCAUGGAGGAUAAGACACAAGAGGAUUUGGCUACAUUAAAUCAUGUCGAGGCGGAACCAACACCAGCAACUAUACGCGAAAAUGAAAGUUUAUGGAAUCGACUCACUCGAAGAGUAAUACGGGAUCUCAUGGGUAUAGAUGAUGAUCUUCUCUCAAUCAUCUUUGGCGAAUCUCUACCGAUGGAAGACGAUUUAUCCAAAAUACCAGGAAGACCGAUAUCCAUUCCUACCGUCACUAAACCUGAUAAGAGUUCAUGGGAAUACAGACUUCUUGAACGAAUUGCUCGCGAAUUAGGAUUGCUGGUCAAUCAACUUUCCGAUCAUCCAGGUGCUUUUACUACAUAUCUUCAAACUCAACAAAUACCUCUUCCUUAUGCAGGGUUACCUGUAAUUCCCGAGUCAGUUUCGAGUAAUAAUAUGAAUAUGACAACGGAUAUUCCACUUCCUGAUUUGGAACAAGAAGAGAUAGAACCUCUUACCUCGACUCUAACUACAGAUGCCGAUUUAGAAUUCCAUCCUACCAUCACUCGACCAGUUUCAAUACCAAAUUCAAGCAUUAUUGGUCAAGUACAGGAAUCAAAAGAUGAUUCCACAUCAACACAGUCAUAUAGUGCUCCUAUAACGAAAGAGGAAUGGGAAAGAGAUUUGGAUAUCACAAUGGUCUUUCGAUAUUUGAAAAGUAGAUUUACGAGUAGGGGUGAGAAUGUACAGAGUUCGACGGCGGGUUCAGGUUCAGGUUCGGUACUAUCGAAAAGUACGAGGGAGAAUCUUGCGAUAGAGAAUACACCCGAUUCGUUGGCGCGGGCAGCGAGAGUGAGAGCUCAUCAUCCUUUAGUCAACCUUAAAGCGAAUAAUGGAGGGGUGAGGAAGAGAGUGGGAAGAAGAGGAUCUAGUGAAAGUGGUGUCGGUUUAGGAUUAGGAGGGUUAGGUAAAGGAAUUGGUGGAAGUGGAUUAGGAUUAGGAAGUGGAGGUGUACCUAUUGGUGGCACACUCAAAAGUUUAAGGAUUGGUAGUGGGAGUAGUAGACAUUAUUGGGAUAUUGGGGGAAGUAUUGGAAGUUCUACUAGGGGAAGUGUAGUUGUGGGAGGUGCUGGUGGAGGGGGAAUGGGUGCUUGGGGUGAGGUUUAG